AAUCAGAACGACGCCACGAGUAUACUAUCUUAUGAUCAAUGCCUCUUUCCUAUGUACUCGAAAAGUGUGUUGUAUCGUUCACUUUGUAAACGAGGAGGCAUAUAGUAAAAGAAUUCCAUCGUGAAUUGACUCGUGUCUGAUGAAAGUGAGGAAAUCUAAAAACAAAGAAAUCCACUCAAAAUUAAGUGCAAUAGGAAACUGACAAAUGACUUUAGUAUGCUCAUUAUCUACUUCGACUAACUACCAAAAGGAAACUAGAAAGGCCUAGUUCACGAAGUAAAAUACUUAUUACGUGUAAUUAGACUUAAUGUCGACAGGGUCUAUUGUGUGUGAGAUUGUGUGACCUUUUGUUAUGCAGAAAUAGAUUUAAUUUGAUCCAUAUAUGCAGUUAUAAAAAGACUAUAAGUUACAAGGUACAAUAUACAACGGAGGAAGGAAGUCUGAUUGUCGGACAGCAGUAGAGAAAUAGCGACAGUCUGGAAUUUCCAAGUGAUCAUUAAAUAUUCACAAUUUGCAAAGAAAUCCAAUAUUUCAAGCGACUGCCAUGUUCUGAUUGGAUAUUGGAAUUUUGUGUAUAUUUGGUAGAGAUCUGAUGUAUCGUUCUUGUUAUAUAUCAAUGAGAUUUAUGUAGUAGCAAAUACGAUUUAAAACCACCUAUAUAUACAUCAUCAAUUACUAUAUUAUAAAACUCCAUUGAGACUAAUUCAGCUUAAAGUGAACCAUUAUUAAGUAAGCAGAACAUUGAAAGAUCAAUCGUUCCGGCGACAUAGUUCAUCGCAUCAAUCGAGCGUUUGGAAUAUCCCGGCAACUGAAGGUUUGCAAAAUAGCAGUCCGACUAAUUACUCACGUGAGACGACAAUUUGCUUAAAUGCAAAUGUCAAACGUCCUUACUUAUUAAUAGAUGUAAAGUUAAAUACAUGUUAGAGGAUUUUAUCACAUUAUAUGUUCGUAAUAUUGAGGGAUUUUAACGUGUUGUUUACAUGAGAUGGUUUUACUUAUUAUUACAAGGCGUAAUCAUUAUUCCUCAUAGAAACACAACUGUACCUAAUGUGAAGCACAUAUGGCUUAGAAAAAUAUCGUAGGAAAUAACUUUUUCUCAUCAUAGUGCAAAGUGGUAGACCAUAUGUGAAUUCAAAUAAAAAGUAUAUGAGGAUAGUUCCCGGUAAUUUAUAUGAUGGAAAGUCCAUGGGAAUCGCAAAGGGCCGAGGCUGAAAACGGAGAACUUUUGUCUGUUGAAGAGUCGGACCAUGAAGGAGAAAGACUGGUUCACAAGCAACCAGUGGAGAUUGUGAAAAUUCAUGAAGCUCGGAAUGAAAGUUUUGGUAACCGAAUGUUACACUGCCUGUCUCAGGUUCCAUGUGCCUCCCUGAUAGCGUGGAUCAUCCUCCUGGUGGGACUUGGGGGUCUUACUGGAGGACUGUUGAUUGGAAUACAGAAAACACGUGAUCUAGUCGACUCCGAACAAUUCCUAUGGUUUUUAGAAUAUACAGUAGCCGGUGUAGUAGCCGGAAUGUUUGUAUUCGGGACAUUGCUGCUGUGUAUUGGUCACAUUUCUACAGAUCCAACUAGUCGUCACAUUUUCCAUACUACAAAAAGAAAUCUCUGUGCUCAAGGACUGAAUAUCACGAUGCUGAUAUUUAGCUAUAUGUUUGGUAUUGCAUGGGUUCUCAUGACUGCCAUUUUUGGAGUCCCACUUUACCUUCUCAUAAACAUUCUGAUCAUUGACGUUAAGGAAAUAAAUCUAGUCAAUUACGGUUUGCAUGAUAAAUCUUUUGCUGGAAGUGAUUUUGAGAACUUUCGAAUGGAGGCGGAUCGGUUAUUGGUCAUCUACAUCACCAUCUUUGUAUCAUCCAUUUUGAUCACUGUUAGCAUGAUUCACUUUUUGAUCGUCAUUAGUUCUAAUUUGACACAUCUUAAGGAUACACGACUUGCCACCUUGAAUGCCUACGCCGAUCAUACAGAGAUGCAGAAUUCCAAGCACUCCGUGGUUGAUACGACAAUGUGACGUUACGUUACCAUGGAAGGAACGUUUCUCUAAUAUCCAGUCUUUUAUUACGGCAUUGGGAUAGUUCGAUGGAUGUGCUCUGGUUGAGGCCACAUGCUUUUUUCUACAAUGUGAAAAAGUGUUUCAUGCUCAAUGAGCAUUACUAUAUUUAUAGGAAACGGUUAUACAGAUGUCUUUAGAAUUUGAAAUACCAAAAAAAAAAACAAGAUAUUUGCAACAAGCAUGUGACCUAAGCUCCCGAUUACAUCCUCGAAACAUUUAUUUCAGAAUUUUCAAGAAAUAUAUUUAAGGAGUCGUUAUAAGAAACUAUAUGUUGAUAUACGCGAUGACAAUGUAUCUUUGAAUUUAUAUAUACUAGAAAGUAGAAAUGAACACUUAUUUACCUGUCAUAUUACCAUAUAACAAGAUAAGUAUGUGAGUAAAGAAAGACAACUCCUAUUGGCUAUUAGUGAUCUUUUAUUUUAUUCGCAAUCAACCAAACCAAAAUUGAACAAACAACCAUAUGCCUGUGUCAAGGACUGGAUCAUUUCCAUAUGAUCUUUAACGUUCCCUUUCAUGUAAAGAAAACUUGCAGCUUAGUGUGCUUAAUAGUAUUCUGUUUUCUUUGCCAUUGUCAGGACACAUUAUAGGCAUAUGUUGUGGUUCUUUUUAAGUGCAAUAUUAGAAAAAUUCUCAUAUUGUCAUUUUCGAAAUUAAUGUUGGCUAGGGGUUAAGAUUUAAUGAAUAAACUACUAAAGUUGAGAAGAAUUUACUAGUAUAGGAAAGUUUCAGCUUUGAUGAACAUCAGAUUUAGAAAUUUUAUCGAAAUUGAAUAAUUGGGAAUUAUUAGGGAAAAACAAUAUCGAGUUCGUUAUGUUUAACAUCUGAACGUACGAAAUAGUUUAAAGUUAAGUCAACAGCCGACUUUCGAAUGAUUAUGCAAAGGUUUCGAAUUUGACAAAAUGUUGUAGUGUAACAAAUUAGGUAAAGAGUUGCUUCUGAUUGUAAUAGGUAUUGUAUUUUAUAGUCUUUUUAAAGAACUCUUUAUGAAGUUACUUUGUAAUUUGAAUCUCAUGUACACAAAUCUUUUUUUUUAGCUUUUCAUUAACUUUGGUCUGUACCUUUUUCCUUGUAUUAUAUUAUGCAAUUUAAACAUAGAUAGUUGUAUGUUUUGAGAUUUCUUAUUGAUAAAUACAUUUUACAACAUUAUGUUAGGAAUAUAUGUAUACUUCACUUCAUUUCAAUGGUCAUAUCUUCAUGUAGUAUGUUUCUAUUUGGAUUCAGUUUUUUCAGUUAAUGAACUAAAUUGUAGAAAUACAAAAUGUUGAAUGUCAUUUAUGUCCCACUUAACACCAUUUUGGCAGUUAAUCAAAUGCUGUUGUUAUAUACAUCUACAACAGUCUUUUUGACUGAAGUAUAAUGAAUCGGACGUAGAAAAUGUUAUGAAUAAUGUUUAUAAAUAAUAAUUGACAUAAACACAUGACAUUUUAAGAUAUAUAUAUUGACUUUUUCUUGUUUUAUUUUGUUAUCAAAUAGGCAGCUAAAUUUACAAGACUACUCUUUACAUCUGUAAUAAGGUUCAUGAAACAAAUAUUUUCUUGUACAAUUCUUAAAAUAUAUUUUGUUGCAAUUUGAUUAAACGUUGCAUUUGAAAAUAUCAACAAAAUAUUGACAUAUACGGGCGUCAGCAAAUAAAGGCAACAGUAGUAUAUCGUUGUUCAAAACUCAUAAAUCCAUGGACAAAAAACAAAAUUGCACACAAAACGAAGUUGGAAGUAUCAUAUUGCCAAGAACUGAUUAAAUUUUUUUUUUUCAACUUUUGAUUUUACAGCUGUAAAGAAGUCUUUCGUGAAUUCCCGAGUGUAAAUUUUCAGGACACAAAUUUGUCUCUUUCCAAUUAAAUGUUAUCUAUGUAGUUCAAUUGCCUAGCACAUGUACAUAUAUCUGUGUUUGUGUGUGUGCUUUAAGUGUGUAUGCAUUGUGAAACAAUGUACAUUGCCUUUAUAUGUUACAAAACUUGUGUAAACAUUUACAGAAUUUUUAACUUUAUGAAUUGAUAUUUUAUUUUGAAAAAGAAUGAAGUGAUAAUAGCUGUUAAAUUGUUGUCUUUAAAAAGGGUAAUGUUAACGUUUUCUGUUGUAGAAGUAUUUAAACAAGUUACAUCAGGAAAAAAACAGUUAUGCCCCUUUGGGUAAUUUCUUUGUAAGAAAAUGGCAGUUGUUUAAGUUUAAUCUAUUAUGAUUAAUAUUCAGGAAAAUUUCAAUUUUGAAUUUAAGUGUUAUGUUCAUACCCAGUACUUGUUAGAUUUGUUGGAUAAGGUAUAACUAUUUGUUUUCAACUUGUUAUCUAAAAAUAGAUAAAGGGGAUUUUGAUUAUAGAUAUCAUAAUACUACACUGUACUAUGUGAUAAUUUAUACAAAGAAAAAUUAGAUAAACAGAAAUAAAGGUAAGAAUAAAUUUCAGUUAAUUCAAAGCUCAAAUGAGAAAAAUGUUUUUUUUUAUAAUAAUUAAUAUCAAACUCUUACUAAAAUACGCAUUCUAAACGUAAAUGGAAUUACAGAGAAAAUUUUAACAUCGUUAAUUCAAUUCAAAAUCUACUACUUAAAGUAGGAACUAUAAAGUCCUUCAAAGAUAAUUAAGUAAUCUCUUAUUCAUAUUACAAGACUACAUGCAAAUUGUGACUGACCAAAGUAAAAUUGAUUUGAUAGAACCCUCGCUACACAUGGAGGUGGAUUCAUGCAAUGAAAGUUUGCUUCUAUUGGAAGUGAAUAUGAUUACUGAUUAAACAUGAACCAAUUUGUAGGCUCAACAAUGUUUAUAAUUUUUUGAAUAUGGGUAUAUAUGUCUGUUAAAUUUACGUCGUUCUAACCUUGUUAAAGUUCUAAGUGCCAGUCGUUUAUGUUUUAACUCUUAAUCCUGAAUUAAUUUAAUGCAUAAAUAUUAAUUGUUGUUUGAUAUUGUAGUAUUGUUAAAGUACAAUUGUUAUUUAUUUAAAAUGGGUAGAUUUGAGAGAUUGAAAUGGACAAAUGGUUCAGUUUGACAAUUAUGUACUACUGAUAGAGUUGGAAGAUAAAUAGAUAGGUCAUUGAAAAUUAUGACAAAUCAUUCAAUGAAGCAAUAUCCAUCACAUAUACAUGUACCAUUACAAUGUUGUAAUUCAGUAGUGAAAUACACAGCAGUUACUCCUCUUUAAAACAACCACAGGUUCAGACAUAAUAAAAUACAACACGACUAUUCACAUCGUGUGUACAAGUUCAUAGCUAAUAUUCUAAAGACUUGAAUUACCAAUAUUUCCACCAAUGAUACAAGAUGAACACGCCAGUAUAUAGUUCACAAUCAACAACUAUGUUGGAACAGAAAUAGGAAUCAUUAGGUUACAAACCCUACCUUUAAAUCAUGGUACAACAUUAUUACAUCAAAAUCAUUGCGACUUCAAAUAUUAGAAUGGAAAAUCAUACAAAUAGAUAAUCAACACUUUAUAGUCAGGAUAAAAACACUGAUAAAACAUUACUUCAUGUACGACCAUAUAUUCAAGACAAAUCGCAAUUAUCACAAGGAAAACAGACUCAUUAUUAUCUUUCAUCAUUUGCUCAUUUUAGUUUUAUUUUAUUAUAAUAAUUAUAGUUAGAUUAAGACAUUUUGGUCUUUUCUCUAUUUUCAUAGACUUGAGAUUAAUAGAUUUAUUUAUGUAUGGUAAAUAAAGUGUUCAAUGUCUAAA